AUGACGAAGAAAAAGCACAAUGGCUUUGUUUAUGAACCUAAAGAAGUUCUGAAUCCAUCUCCCAAAGUAACAAAUUGUUGCAAAUCAUUGUGGGUAAAAUGCAGUUUUCAGAAGGCAUACAUGACCCAACUUGUCAGCUUCUGGACAGUAUCAGCCAUGUCGAGGAACCCAGAUGACAACCUACCGUCUCAGCCCAAGGAGAGCAGCACUGGCCAGCAGCGGCCUGAGGAGGAAACAGUCCCCAAGUUGGCCAUGCAGCUGCGACAGAUUGGAGACAGCAUCGAUCAUAGGAUGGUUCGAGAGGUUCUUCAACAGGAAGGCAGAGAUGCCCUGGCUCGUUUUGUCUUGUUUUUCAUUCGAAGAGUUCAGGUGCGGCUGCGUGUUUUCUGGAAUAACCAUUUGCUGUAAGAGGAGUGUAGUGUCAAGUUCCGUUUUCCUCCUACUGUCUGGGAAACACCGGCCCCGUCGGGGCAGCUGAGAGGAGACCCUUCCCCAUCUCUCUCGCCUUUCACCCGUCACCGUUGAUCUCUGUCUGCUUGGCUGGGGAACUGAGGGCCGACUGGCCAUUUACCCGUUCACAGCAAUCAGUUAUGAGAUGUCUGCAGUUGUCUGACGCCCGAGGAGUGAGUAGGAGCCUUACCACCCAGGAAAACACCGGCACUGUGGCAGUACCAGAGUUCGCUGUGAGCGAACCUCAGCAUUUCCUUCCAUGAAUGAAAGAGAACCUUGUCCUCGAGCCAGAGGUCACAGGAACAGGCACUUGCUCCUGAGCUUCUGCCUGGGUACCGCGCCUUCUAGUGACCUGUCCGUCCCAUCCUCUUUGCCCAUGUUUGGUUCUGUAAUGCCAGCUUCUCCUUCUCAGCAUGUAGCCCACCCUCACUCCCACUCCCAGCUCUUACCCUCUCUGGAAAUUAUAGGGGACCCUCUUUCUCUAAUGCUCAGAUCGAACAUGUGGCCCAUGUUCAUGCCCAGAGGACCCACCACGGCCAUUACCAAUACCCUGUGCUGGCUGUUUUCAAACACGUCUGAGGCCCAGUUAUGUAAUGUUGAAGUCGCUUUC